UAAAUAAAGUUGACCAAGCUGGAAUUACGGAGUCCACCCAGGGAGUUACAAUUUUUGCUUAACUAGAUUCCACUCCAGAUGCACGCUUUGGGGAGGACUCUGGCUCUGACAUUACUCAUCUUCAUCACCAUGUUGGUGCCUGAUUCAAGUUGUUCAAUUAAAGGACUGAAGCAGACAACACAGGAUGAUUCAUUUCCUUUUUCAGAUGGUAAUAUCUCCCCUGAUGUAGUGGACAUCACCGUGAAGAUGGAGAUUAACAUUCCAGUGUCUGUACAGAUAGAUACAAAAGCUUGGCUCUUCUGCCCUCCUAUUCCAUCAACAAAAGCAACACUUAUAAUAUUGGAAAUAACCCCCAGAGGCUGGCUUUCCUGCAGACUACCCUACAGAGCAGAAUUGCAGCAGAUCAGUGAAAAAAUCUGUACUGACAGAAGAAUCGCCAGGACCUCCAGACUUCAAAAGAGCCCUUACCCUAAAAUCAUCCCAGGAGUCCUCAAGCAUGAUGUGAAUUAUUCAUGUCAGAUAGGAACAACUGAUGGGAUUUUCCAAAAGAGACAUGGCAUCCAAGUGCUGGUAACCCUCUUUCCAGGGAAAAACAGAGCUGGGGUUUGUGAAGAAAUUUCAGGCAAGCCUGCUGCACAGAUCUUUUGGACUCCAGAAGGAGAUUGUGUCACUAAGGAUAAAUCACACAGCAAUGGCACCAUGACUGUCAGGAGCACAUGCCACUGGAAGCAAAAUAAUGGCCAUGCUAUGUUCUGCUUUAUCUCCCAUUUGACUGGCAACCAGAUUCCCUCUGUAGAACAGAAUCGAGGUACCACCAGCAUCCUGCCUUUCUUGCUGAGCAUUCUCUAUGUGAAACUGGCUAUAAUUCUUCUCAUCAUAGUAUUUGCUCUCUUCCAGAAGAGAAAUUAUUUCAGAACAAGAAUAUCCAGAUUUCGGGAAACCCAUUAGACUGAUGACACAAUGCAAGAAAACUGCCAUUUGCAAUCAACUUUCUUAUUGAAACUCAGCUUACUUGUCUUAGUGCCCUCGUGUUUGUUAGAAUUUAUUCUGUAGUUGACAGUCCUGCGGUAUGACCACAUAGGCAAAAGCUUGGUGCUUACCAUCAGAUAUGCUGGGAAUGACCCAUCUCCUCUCUCCCUUCUGCACUUCUUAGGCCAAAGAAGAAAAUGGCUUAGGAAAAGGUGAACAGAGAUGCUGGGUAGUUUUUCUCCACUCAAGUCCCCCAGGUGUGGCUUCUUGUUCCCAGGUUCAUUUCAUAUGAUCUUAAAAGUUGCAUUGUCAGGUAUCAUAACAAAUAACACCUUCGAGUGUCCCACUAGGUGGUCUUCCUUCCUUGCUUGCUUGCUACCAAGUAACAUGACAGUUGCCUUUUGUAUUAAUCAUUCAAUACAUGACUAAGAUCCAGUUUUUAAAAUCAUACCUCUGUACUUUAGAAGGUAAAAGUUGAUCCCAGAGAAGGCACUGCCAGUAUCAUGGGGGUAACACUGAGAUCCCCCCUUACUGUGUAAAGUCAUAGUGACUAAAUUCCCUGUGAUGUCUGUGUUCUGUCUUAUAGAGGGUGGGAUGAACAAGUGAGGGCAAGGGUGAACUGUAACAACUGUAAACCCAGACCUUGUCUUCACUCCAUAAAUAUAGUAUUCCUAUAGUAAGAGUAUGUCUUCCCUGUUCUCCUUGCGGAAGACAUUUCUCUUCAUCUCACCUCUCUAGUCAACCUUUUUAAAAAUAGGCCUCAAAGUUCUUUCCAUAACGUGUUUAUGGACCCUGUGUAUCUACUUCAGUGUUAUUUGGCCAGUAAGAAGAUACACAAAUAGCAGUGCACCAAUUUUGCAUUUGUAUCUUAAGAGGUCCUGAGUGUUUCUACUUUUCCUCCUAUGGGAAUUUGAAAGGCUGAGCCUGCUGCAGAUCAUUAUAGAACAUAGAUGAUCUCUGUCAGUCCAGACUUUUCAUCUCUCUGUUGAGGUCAACUGAAGAAUCCAGGAGUCGGCUUUCCCUUAGGCACUUGAGCAAGCUCAACCAAAGACGACAAGACAUGAACCUGUGCUGAUUCUAGACAAAAGGUUAUUGCCAUACAUUUCCUCUGGUUGCUUAUCAUGUAGCACAAUUAUGGCAUUAAGUAACUCAUACAUUACUCAACAACAUCUCUCCAAUUUUGUAAAGCUAGAUGUAGAUAGUAGCCUAUUUCAGUUUACUUUGCAUCUGAUCCUGAUCAUUUCCUCUGGCAAAUGAGAUGUGUAAUAUUUUUAAGACAACCCUCUAAAGGAAAGCAAGGAUUUUCUUUUGCUUCCUAACUUGUCUGUAGGCCUGCAGUACUAAUGUGGUGCCUGGAGGUCUCAGAGCUAACCUGAGUCAUGGAUGACACUGGAGAUGGCAGCUCCUAAAUGAAGUGGAAAAAAAACAAUGGAAGGACUUGGGCGUGAUAACCAUAGAGUUGCCCCACCAUCUGUUAUCUGUUGUCAUAAUGUGAUAGACAAUAAACUAUGU